AUGUCGCCCCAACAACUCCAGGACAAGGUCAUUGCCGUCACCGGCGCUGCCUCGGGCAUUGGCCUGGCGUUUGCCCAGCUCGCCGCCGCCCGGGGUGCCAAGCUGUCCCUCGCCGACGUCUCGCAGGCCGGCCUCGACAAGGCCGCCGCGGAGCUGCGCGCCACCGCGGGCGCCGACAAUGUGCUGACGCGGGUCGUGGAUGUGCGCAAGUACGAUCAAGUGCAGGCGUGGAUCGACGCGACCACGCAAACGUUUGGCCGGCUCGACGGCGCCGCCAACAUGGCCGGCGUGAUCCCCAAGGACAUUGGCAUCCACACGCUGGCGGACCAGGACCUCGAGCAGUGGGACUUUGUGCUGGGCGUCAACACCACGGGGCUCAUGCACUGCCUCAAGGCGCAGACGCGCGUGGUCGCCGACGGCGGCAGCAUUGUCAACGCGUCGUCGAUUGCGGGCGUGACGGGCCGGGCCAAGAACGCGGCGUACGCGGCGAGCAAGCACGCGGUGGUCGGGCUGACGCGAUCGGCCUGCAAGGAGUUUGGCUACCGCGGCGUGCGUGUCAACUGCAUCUGCCCGGGCCCCAUCGACACGCCCAUGAACCACAAGGCGCGCGAGAUUGUCACGGCCAGCGGCGCGACCACCCACACGGGGCAGAGCGUGCUGUCGAGCACGCACGAGAACGCGCUGGGCCGCGCGGGCCGGCCGGAGGAGGUGGCCCACCUGAUUGCGUACCUGCUGAGCGACGAGUCGACGUACGUGUCGGGCACGGCCAUCUGCGUCGACGGCGGGUGGAUUUGCUAA